AUGUCGUCCUUCAUGCUUCCAGCUUCCACCUUCGCCCUCGACCGCCCGGCUAAGCCCGAGGCCAGACCGGAGCUGUCUGAGCAAAUGCCCCGCAGCCCGUGCUCAGCUCGCCCACUUUCCCGGCCACGGUCCCUCUGGCUCCAGGGACCCCGGCGCCACGCUCCCCACUUCCCGGGCGCCCUCGGAGGGGAGAGCGCCUGCACCCGGGACGCCCGGGGCGAUCGUAGCCUGUGCGAAGGCUUCGGGACCAGCGCAGACCCUGUUGUCCUGGCGCCGGCGUUUCAGCAGCCUCACGUGCGAAGAGCCGGUAGCCGGCCGCGGGGCGAUCUGCCCGUCCGUCCAGUGAAGCGCACAGAAGCCAACGCUGAGGAUAAAAGGCGGAUUUCCGACGGAGAGCUGGAUGAAGAGCACUGGGCAAAGCACUUUGCUGACUGUGCUGGCAAGCACCAAUCUCCAGUUGACAUCCAGAAGAAGAAAGUGACCUACAACCCUCACUUACCCCAGCUGGAGCUGAGCGGUCACAACGGGCCCUUGCAGGGGAGCCUCACCGUGACCAACAACGGUCAUUCAGUCCAGAUCGAUUUGCCACCCACCCUGCGCAUCUCCAGAGGGCUUCCAGGCCUCUACACAGCCGUGCAGACGCACCUGCAUUGGGGCGGGCUGGACCUGAAGACGAGCGGCUCGGAGCACACCGCAGACGGGAUGAGAUACUUCGCAGAGCUGCACGUUGUCCACUACAACUCUGCCAGCUACUCGAGCUUUGAAGGAGCGAAAGACAAGCCGAAUGGAUUGGCAGUUCUUGCCUUCCUGUACGUGGAUGGACACCUUGAGAACGCCUACUACAGCGAGUUCACUUGCAAACCGGCCAAAGUCAGGUUUGCAGGUAAGCCCCGGGGACGGCGCGCUCUCUUCUCGACGCUCUCAGAGCCCGGCUCGCUGCCACCCCCACCCUGCUCCGAGCGCGUGACCCGGACCGUCCUGGAUUCUCCAGCUGUACUGUCGCACGCUCAGAUCAGCCUCCUGGAGAACACCUUGCUGGACUGGCAAAACAGGACCUUGCGGAAGGACUACCGGCACGCUCAGCCCCUCCGUGCCCGCGUGGUGGAGGCCUCCUUCAGAGCCAGACUCGUCCCAGAGCAAUGCCAUCCCGAGGAACUCCAGCUCAGGCUGGAGCAAAUCCAGGCGCAGCUCCAGGACAUGAAGAAAGAGCUACUGAACAGAGUGAGCCGGAUUGGUGUUAAAUCUAGCACUUUCCCAGCUUUCUACUUCCCAGUAGGAAACAUCGAGAGUUCUGUGAACAUUCAGCCCCUCCAUGAUAUGACUCUUCAAGCUUUCACCUUAUGCUUUUGCACCAAAGCCCAGAUGGCUGGUAGUCAGACUGUUCUCUCCUACUCCACCCAACAGAGGAAUAACGAGCUAGUGGUGACUGUGGGCACAGACGUGGGGCUGUGGAUAGGAGGCCGUUUCAUCAGCUUCCCUUUGCACCACAAGUCAGAGAACUGGCUACACUACUGCACGGCAUGGGCCUCCCAGUCUGGGAUGGCAGAUCUAUGGCUGAACGGAGCAGUGGGUAAGGCCAAGAGUAUCCAGAAAGGAUAUGUGACCCAGGCUGGAGGGACACUUGUCCUGGGGAAAGACAGAGAUACUCUUCUUAGGACCUUCUCCAAUGGCUUUGCAGGAUGGAUGACCCAUGUGAACUUGUGGAGUCACGUUCUCAGUUCUGCAGAUGUUCGGGCACUUACAUCGUGCAGACCAGGGCAACUGAAGGGAGAUAUCAUAGCAUGAAAGACUCCCAUGACCCUCCUGGGGGGAGUGGUUCUGGAGUCUGACACCAGUUGUGAAUAA